AUGGUCGUUUUGGGUGGUGUCACCGAUGAUCCCAGACAUAAACUUGGUGACAGUGUUGAUCAUUCACGCCAACAACAUCCAGCAGGAUUACCGGAUAAACCCAGUAAUGUCAGUUAUGACAAUGGAAAUGGGCACAACCCAUUUGACCACAUGCAGGAUUCAGCCUCCGAUCCAUACAAGUACUACUACGAUGCAGGAUCCGAGUCCGGUUGGCAGUCCACCUCAUCACCUUCCUCUUCCUCCACCCGACAAAUGCUUGGAGAUGGGCACAGAAAUAAUGGGUCGUCUUUCCGCUCGUCGUUAGCAUCAUCUCAGACUCAGAGACCAUCAUCAUCUUCUUCUUCAAGUCGACGUUUCAGGGUGCCGUUUGUGAAGAAGAUCGACUGGGGCUCUCUGUGGGACAAGUCCAAGGAAUGGAUUCGGAACCCCAUGAACAUGGCUCUGUUCGUCUGGAUCCUCGCCGUGGGCGUCUCAGGCGCCAUCCUCUUCAUGGUGAUGACGGGGAUGCUCAACCGCGUGCUGCCAAACAAGCCGCAGCGAGACACGUGGUUCGAGGUGAACAACCAGAUCCUGAACGCGCUCUUCACCCUCAUGUGCCUCUACCAGCACCCGAGGAGAUUCUACCACCUUGCCCUGCUGUGCCGGUGGAGAGCCGGCGACAUGCAUCAGCUCCGGCAAGUAUACUGCAAGGACGGCACCUGCAAGCCCAACGAGAGGAAGCAUAUGAUGGUUAUCAUCCUGCUGCUCCACUUGAACUGCUUCGCCCAGUAUGCGCUUUGCGGCCUCAACCUUGGCUACCGACGGCCACAGCGUCCGGUGAUCGGAGUGGCCCUCACGAUAUCGGUUGCCAUCUGCGCGCCGGCCGUCGCUGGGCUGUACAACAACCUCAGCCCUCUUGGCAAAGACUACGAGGCACAAGUCCCACCGGAGGUAGACGAAGAGUCACAGCUCCAACAGAAAACGGCCGAGACUGAGAGGAGGUACUCAUUGGUGCCACGACAAGGCCAUGGCGAGUCCGCCGGCAGCUCGCCGCAGUGGGUCGGCGGGCUGUUCGAGGAUAUGUGGGACGACAUGUCGCUGGCGUACCUGUCAAUGUUCUGCAGCUGCUGCGUGUUCGGGUGGAACAUGAGCAGGCUCGGCUUGGGCAACAUGUACGUCCACAUCGCCACCUUCGUGCUCUUGUGCCUGGCGCCCUUCUUCAUCUUCGACCUGGCGGCCAUCAGCGUGGACGAUGAGGCAGUUAGAGACGCGCUGGGGCUGGCCGGCAUCUUCCUCUGCGUGCUCGGCCUGCUCUACGGCGGCUUCUGGAGGAUCCAGAUGCGCAGGAGGUUUGGUCUCCCCGAGAACCGCGCCUGCUGCGGCAAGCCGGACCUCACCGACUGCAUGCAGUGGCUCUGCUGCUACUCCUGCACCCUGGCUCAGGAAGUCCGCACCGCCGACGCCUACGAGGUGGUGCUGGUGGUGCAGGACACGCUGCAAGACAAGCAGCCGGUGCCGACGCAUCACCGGCACCAUCCAACUCCAACAGCUGCUGCUGUGAGGUCACUGGAUGACGGCGUCACCGUGCCCCCUUCGUCAGUGUCAGCUACACGUACAUAG